AUGGCGGCGCUUUCUUCCAACUGGAAGAAGCUCCAGGCGAAACUCAAGGAAGAGUCUGCAUCAAAGCCAUCUCUCAAGCGCAAAUCAGAGACCUUACCAACGAAUCCACCAGCUAAAAAGUCCAAGGUGCAAAAGUCGCCCCCAAAACCGCUUAGAAGACCAACAAAAGCAGCUCAAACAACAGCCAAAAAGCCAAUGGGUGGUGUUCACAGUUCGAAAAUUGAGGAGUCAGUAUCUGGGACCUCAGCAUCUCUUGCACUAUGGGCCGAAGACCAUGAUGUGUCUGCAGAAGCCCUAGCAGAGGCAUACUGUCUGGGCGCAAAGGACAAUUCGAUGAUGCUCGCCUCAGCAAAGGACAAAAUCAACCAUGGAAUCACAGAAGGGAUUGAGAUUGGAAAAUACAUCGCUAUCGAUUGCGAAAUGGUUGGCGUGGGGCCAGGUGGUCAUGAAUCAGCUCUCGCUCGCGUGAGCAUCGUCGAUUUUCACGGUGUGCAGAUUUACGACUCUUAUGUGAAGCCUAAGGAGAAGGUCACAAACUGGAGGACAGCGGUCAGUGGAAUUGACCAAAAGAAGAUGAGAUUUGCAAGGGAAUUCGAAGAAGUUCAAGCAGACAUCGACAAGCUUCUCCAAGGCCGAAUAUUGAUUGGACAUGAUCUCAAGCAUGAUCUAGACGCCCUCAUUCUCAGCCACCCCGGAAAAGACAUCCGCGAUACCGCCAAAUUCCCAGGGUUCAAGAAAUAUGGAAAUGGAAGAAAGCCAGCCCUGCGGGUUCUCGCUCAAAAGAUCCUGGGCGUUGAGAUACAGGGAGGCGCACAUUCUAGUAUUGAGGAUGCGCGAGCAACUAUGUUGCUUUUUCGCAAGCACAAGCAGGCGUUUGACGUUGACCAUGCAAAUCGAUAUGCGCCGAAACCAGCAUCAGGCGGCCAGAAAGGCGUCAAAUCGAAAAAGAAGAGCAAAUGA